CGAUUGUAGAUCACCGAAUGGUUGUCAGAUUGUAUGACGCAUCCAUAGAGUGAAAAUUCCUAAAAAAUUUGCAAUUUUAUUGCUUUUGGCAAGAUUUUCUGUGAAAACUUUGUGAAUUUGGGUGAAAAGGGUGGCUUGUAAAUAGUCCAGUGAGUGCAGAGACUAGUGCGAUUUGUGUUGUGUAAAACAGGCAGGGCACAAUGAGUUUCUUCGGGAAGAUGUUUGGGAAGAAAGGGGAGCAAGCCCCCACAACUGGUGAGGCCAUCCAGAAACUCCGCGAGACAGAGAACAUGCUGAUAAAGAAGCAGGAAUUUCUGGAGUCAAAAAUCGAAGCUGAGCUGGACAUUGCACGGAAGAAUGGAUCGAAAAACAAGAGAGUGGCCAUCCAGGCACUAAAGCGGAAGAAGAAGUAUGAGAAGCAACUGCAGCAAAUUGAUGGGACAUUGUCCACAAUAGAGAUGCAGAGAGAAGCACUGGAGAGUGCAAAUACCAAUACGGCUGUCUUGACGACAAUGAAGAAUGCCGCUGAUGCCCUUAAAGCUGCCCACAAUAACAUGGAUGUCGAUCAGAUACACGACAUGAUGGAUGAUAUUGCUGAGCAACAGAAUAUUGCAACAGAGAUUUCCGACGCUAUUUCCAAUCCAGUAUCAUUCGGUCAAGACAUCGACGAGGAUGAGUUGGAGAAGGAGCUGGAAGAGCUCGAACAGGAGGAACUCGAUAAGGAGCUCCUUGGUGUUGGUCCUAGUGCAACAGAGCUACCAGAAGUGCCGUCCGAUGAGAUUAAGGAGAAAGCCAAGGAAAAGAAAAAAGGUCUGUACUCUCAAUGUAAUAUUCUCUCAAGAAAUUAUCUCUGGUCUUUGUGUAUGACUCAUGCCCUAAAAACACGUUUUCUCCAGCAGCUACGGCCGCCGAUACGGAUGACAAAGACCUCAAAGAGUUGAUGGCAUGGGCAGAGUAAAAAAGCAGCCCCAUCUCAGCCUCCAAUUCAAUUGGUUUUCCGCGUUUUUUUUAUCUACCGGUGAAAUACGUCAGAAAAGGAUAGAGAUGAUAGACACAGCGCAAAAAGGGAUUUGUCGCAAGAUUUUUCAAUAAUGCUUACUGUUAAUCACCUCAAUGAUAAAUAAACUAUGUCUUAAGAAAUAAAUUAACAUUAUUUAAAAAGAA